CAGGCGGUGCGGCGCUGGGCCUUGCGGGCGCGGCGUGGGAUCUUGGCGAAGUUUCUCUGCAUGGAACUCUUGCGCUCAGCUGGCGGUGGAGGGUGGGGAAAGGCUAGGUCCCCGCGCCUCCCCCGCCCCAGCCCUGUCCUUCGGCCUGCGCCCCGGCGGCCCGGACGCCGCCGCGCGCUGGGCGUCGUGUAACUCUUCGAGGGCUGGUCUCGGAGCCGGCUGGUGGACGUCAGGCGAGCAGGAUGCUGCCUUUGGGGGAUGCCGCCUUUGAGGGAUGCCGCUUGGGGAAAACCCAGCGCCUCAGCUCUCUCUCUCUCAAGCGCGUGGAAAGUGGGCGGCCGGAUCCACCAGGAAGCCCGUCGGGGGCGCAGCCGGAAUCCGAGACGCGCGGGAGCUGAGAGCUGGGUCUUUGCGGGCGAGAUGAAGGUGUCGGUUCAACUGGCCUACAAAGUCCCAGUCCUCGGCCCCCAGGACCGACGGCUCCUCCUCGCCCCUCGCCGUUUUCUCCUGGGCGGACGCGAGCUCGGCUCCCAAGGCGGGGCGGGGACCCGGGCCGGGCCGCACCUCGCGGGUCCACACCGGAGACGGGGUGGCGGGGCGCGCUCGCCGCGGGUUGUGUGUGGAAGGUUCGAGGGAUCCCUGCGCUUGGCAGGAGCGGUGGGAACGCACUCAGAGGUUCGAGUUGGUCCCUGCGGGCGGUUGGUGUCCUCCGGGUGGAGCCGGAUCCUGGCCGCGGCCGACCUGGAGGGAAGGGAGAGACGGCGCCCCGCUUUCUCCCCGGCCGAGCCGAUUCGCCUACGGGGCCCUGCCCUGCUGGGCUUUCCGGAGCCUCCACCUUGAGCUUGAGGGUGGUGAGGACCGCGCGAGGACUAGAGUUGCCCCGGGAAUAUGGGCCGGGAUGUGGAGGUUUAGCCCCUCUCUCUGAGCUCCACUACCAUUUCUUUAAAGAUACAUUUUUGUGGGUGUGUUCUUAAUGGCCAGCCUUUUGUUCCCUGACCUAGGCAAGAUUGUGCUGAACCGCCCCCCCCAGUCCUCUUAAAGUUUUCUGCUGAAAUUCCCUUCUUAAACUGUUUAUCCAAUAACUUUGUUUCUACCUCUUCCUGCAAAAGAAAAACCCCAGUAACCCCUGAAACCUCUGCGUCUGCUUGGUGUUGGAACUUUCUGUUUAUUUUUGUUUGUUUGUAUCGUGUUUGGGCUGUCUUGGCAGUGGGGACCUUGGGAAAACAUUUGGGAACAUGCCGGGAGGUGACCUGAACCGUGCGAAGGGCCAGUUGACAAAAUAGGGCUCUUUGGGCCCCUUCUUCCUGGCUUUGGAAAACAGGAUAGAUUUCUGGAAGCAGGGAGGAGGGAGAAACCCGCCCUGCCAGGUUGGCCCACCUCUUUCAAGGAUGUGGAAGGUUCUUCUAGAAUCUUCUCUGACUUCUGUGGGCCCGUGUGGAGGAGACCUCCCAGGAAUCCUGCCACACCUGUGUCCCUGUUCCAGUGGCCAUGUGGGGGCCUGAAUGGAGGGGACACCUUGGGCUGUGGGGUCACCCAGGUAGGGUUGGGCCCGUUUGUGAGCCCAGGAGUGGGCAAAGCCUGGGAGUGGGCAGAGCCCGGAACUGCUGUUGACCAGCAUUUUUUCCGUGUGAGCUUUGUCCUGCCAACUGUAACCCGUGGAGCAUGCAAACACCAGAAUUGUGGGAGGAAAGAGUUUCCUUAGGGCCAUGCCUCUAAACGUACAGACAUGUUCAGUUUUGGGGAAAAUUGUCUGGGAGGGGACUGGUGGGAACUUCAGCUGGAGUUGGUGGUUGUUGUUUAGUCACUAAGUUGUGUCCGACUCUUUGGGACCCCACGGACUUGUAGCCCACCAGGCUCCUCUGUCCAUGGAAUUCUCCAGGCAAGA